AUCACAACGACUUGAAAAUGAGCGGAAGAGGAAAAACCGGCGGUAAAGCGAGGGCUAAGGCCAAGACCCGAUCAUCCCGUGCUGGGCUUCAGUUCCCGGUCGGCCGUGUCCAUAGACUGCUACGCAAAGGCAACUACGGCGAGCGUGUUGGUGCCGGGGCUCCCGUCUACUUGGCUGCUGUGCUCGAGUAUUUGACCGCUGAGAUUCUUGAGUUGGCCGGCAAUGCUGCCCGCGACAACAAGAAGACCAGAAUCAUCCCACGUCAUUUGCAACUGGCCGUCCGCAAUGACGAAGAGCUAAACAAACUCCUUGGCGGAGUGACCAUCGCUCAGGGCGGUGUGCUGCCUAACAUUCAGGCUGUACUCUUGCCCAAGAAGACCGAGAAGGCAACCAAGUCCAAGUAAAUUCUGAGCUUGGACAAGUGAAUCCCCAAAACGGCUCUUUUAAGAGCCAUGCACUUUCUUAUAAGAGCUGAUCUCCAUACAGAAAACUAACAGUAGUCAAAAAGUAAAGAUUGCAACUUUUUAAUUACUAAUUAUUAGGGCAUGCUUUUUAAAUCUAAAACCUGA